GUUUUUCAUAGGGAGUUCUCCAGUCGCCCUCACAUUGCUGGCUCCGACAGACAGCAAGUUCUUGCAAAUAAACUCGUCGCAAGCUGGAAUACGUUUGGAUUUGACAAAGUCGAGAAACCUGAGUACAAAGUUCUGCUAUCUUUUCCCCAGCCAGAAAAACCAAACAGGGUGUCCUUAGUGGAAAAUGGUUCAGUCAUAUACGAGACAGUAGGAAAAAUUAAGGUAAAACCGAGAAGCCCUCUUUGUAUUAAGCGAAAAAGAACCUGCAUUUGGUGGACAAUAAGCAGGAACCGGUGAGGGGCCUGUGGGUCGUCCAGCCAUCCCCUCUCGCCCUGUUCCCUACAUCCGCCUGGAACUUGCGCCCCAAGUUUCAUGGCUAUUUCUAGUAUUCCGAAAAUCGUCUUGAAUGUCGCUCACCGGCAGAGCUACAUCUACGAGAACUAGCUCUGAAGUCGUCAUAUGAAAAUAUCUGUGUGCUCGAAAGAAAGGAGAAUCACCUACUAUUAGGGGUUAUGCUGAUUAGAGCGAUAUUGCAGCGCUAGCUUCAUUUGCGAAAUUUCAUCAUUCUUCUAACUUAAAAGAGGGCAAUCAGAGGAGAGCAAUUCAAAAGUGGACUGAGUUCACUGACAGGCUGGAAUAAUUUGUGAACGAGUCUAUUCGAAACCCGUGCACUGUGCCUAGGAGAUCAGCGCUUGCCUCAGUUGCCGCGCUUUGUUUGGUCGAGGCAUCUUUUGAAAAAAGAUAAGGAAGUGGCAGAGCAUUUGUCGCUUAUUGCGAACUUAAAGCGCUGUUCUAACGAACUUAUUUACACGCCUUGCGGCUUAGGGGUACGCUUUUGAAAGUUAUAGCCACACACAAAAAGAUAAAAUUGUUAAGUGCUUGAACAAGUGGUCAAAUUGGAUUUAAAAUAUCUGUAAUAAUAGUUUUUCAAUUAAGAAAUUAUGUACAUCGCUUCUCUCCACUUCCAUCUCUCUUUUUGGCAGAAGGAAGUUACUUAACAGUCGUCGGAAACACGUAAAAUUCGUGAAAGUGAAAUAUGUCUUCUUUCGCGGGAUAGAAGUUACGUUCAUUUCCGAUACACAGAUAACUUGAGUUUAACAAUUAUUCCAUAAUUUGCAGAUUUCGCCAGCACCAAACAGUUCUGAGACAUUUGAUCAUUAUCCUUAUUUGGCAUAUGCGCACAAUGGCACAGUGGAAGCUGAUCUGAUUUACGCCAACUAUGGCCGAGAUGAAGACUUAAAAGAGCUUUCUAAAAUGAAUAUCAGUGUGGAAGGAAGAAUUGUUAUUUUAAGAUCACGAAACGUAAGUACCCUCUGGUAACUACUGCGAUGAUUCCAGUAUACUAAACGAAAAUCUGUACUGGCACGGGUGUUCUGGUCAUAAAUUUUGUUAUAAUUAUGAGCGAUUACUGGCAACAUUAAGACGUAGAUUUCAAGUGAAUGGAAGGAAAAAGAGAGAGAAAGAGAAAGAAAAUUGUUUAUACGUUUCUUCCCAGACACAGUGACUCAAAUCGUUCAUGUGGGGGACAACAACGCACUUAUAAAGUUCUUGUCAGUUAAACAGUAACACAACAGUAGUUUUACACAGUUGCCAACAGCCUUUGGAUUUUUUUAACUGUCGUGUUCAAUGUAACCAAGACAUCUUGCCUCAGAGGAGGCAAGGAUCAAGGGUUAUCGAGAUCUUUACACAUCAUUGAUUCCAGGUUGCCAAUGCUGAAAAACACGGAGCAGUUGGGGCGCUGGUUUACGCAGACCCGAGUUUCUCGGCUCAGCAGGGAUACGAAGCUAGUCAAGUCUAUCCCAAGGGGUGGUGGCUACCUCCCAGCGGGAUACAAGAAGGAUCUAUAUUAUUUUCCUCCUAUGUUGGGGAUCCCUUGACCCCCGUCCUGCCAUCCACUAAAGGAAUGUACCGUAGGCGCGAGAAUGAAAGUAUGCUGCCUAAGAUUCCAGCACAGCCGAUAUCUUACGAGGCUGCCAUGGAACUCUUGCAACGUCUAGGAGGUAUAUUACGCUAUCACUGUUAUUUUACUUUUAGUUUCCUUUUUUAUCAAAUCAUCGUUCUUCGUAGUAUUUAGUCUCCCACGCAGACGUUCUUAGGGCUUGGUCACUCGUUGUGAGGAAGGAUCGCGUGACAAAGCGCCAAAAACGUCUGUAAGGAAGGCUCCGUAGUAUUACUUUCUUCAGUAUAGUCUGCGAGUAAGCUCUCCAUACCCGAUGGUGGAAAUGACAUGAAAUGAAAGACUCGUUCUGUUUACCACCCUUUAUGUCGUUCUUAAAGUUUUUUUGUUACAAAUCGCCAGGGCCAGAAGCUCCUAAGAAAUGGCAAGGUGGAUUGAACAUCACAUACCACACUGGUCCAGGAUUUCAGAAUAGCAGUGCCAAGGUUAAACUAGAAAUCAAUAACAAGCUUGAUGAAAAGCCCAUUUACAACGUUAUCGGUACCAUUUAUGGGCAAGACGAGCCUGAUCGAUACGUAAUCAUCGGCAACCAUCGGGACUCGUGGUCCUUCGGUGCGGUCGAUGCGCUAAGUGGAACAACAGUAACGAACGAAAUUGCCCGUGUUCUUGGCAUGCUCUUGAGGAAGGGAUGGAGACCACGAAGAACGAUUAAGAUCUGCAGCUGGGGUGGAGAGGAGUUCAACUUGAUCGGGUCACAUGAAUGGGUGGAAGAAAACGCGAACAUUUUAACCGAGCGCGCUGUGGCAUACAUCAACUUAGACAUCGCGGUGUGCGGCAAUUACGUGCUGAGAGCUAGGGCGAGUCCUCUUUUUAAGCAAAUAACGCACAAAUGGGCGAAAGAAGUUAAGGAUCCAAAUAAUACGGAGGGAAGCGACACAAUGUACGACAUCUGGCUGCGAAGGACUCCUUCCGAUACUAACAAAAACGAGCCAAUGAUUUUAAAUCUGUUCUCUUCAAGUGAUUAUGUGUCAUUUUAUCAGUACUUAGGGGUACCCUGUGGAGACUUUGGUUACUGGUUUGGGUACGAUAAAACGUCUUCUUUGUACCCUGUUUAUCACACCCAACAAGAUACAUUUUACUGGGUAAAACAGUUCAUCGACCAGAAAUUUGAAGUGCACAAAGCCAUGACACAGUUUAGCGGUGGUAUAAUUCUGGACAUUGCAGAUCAGCCACUUAUACCAUUCGAUAUUUGGAACUACGCACUCGCCCUGAACAAUUCCUUUCACAUCCUGGCGUCAUCUCCAAAGUUUUCAGCCAAUGGCAUACCUUUAACCGACCUUCAUAACGCUAUAGCUAAAUUUUUAAAAGCCAGCAGAAUGUUCGAGUCCAUUAAGUCAGAUCCAGCAAUACUAAAAAGCCCUUCAAAGUUGCGCAUGAUCAACGAUCAAACAGUGAAGGUAGAAAUGGCGUUUAUCUACCCUUACGGGCUCCCGGGAAGUCGUCAGAGCCGUCACGUGGCAUUCAACUUUGGCUUCCACAACCUUCAAUUUGGGAAGGCAACAUUUCCGGGAGUCACUGAGGCGUUACAUAUGGCUGAUAUGUCAGGAGAUUGGGAUUUAGUAAGAAAACAAUUAUCAAUAGCAAUUUACUGCGUAGAAAGGGCAACUCGAGUGCUGGAACCCCUAAGGCCCUAA